AUGGUCGGGGUCAAGGUGAUCGGGAAUGAUUCGGAUUUCCAGGCGGAGCUUAGCGGAGCGGGUUCCAGACUGACCGUGGUGAAGUUCACCAUGAGCGGAUGUCGUCCUUGUGUCAGAAUAGCUCCAGCGUUCAACAUGUUGAGCAACAAAUAUCCUCAGGUUGUGUUUCUGGAAGUCGAUGUCCACGUCUGUCAGGCAACAGCUGCAGCCAAUAAUAUCUCAGCAACACCGACGUUCCUAUUUUUCCGAAAUAAAGUGCGCGUGGACCAGUAUCAGGGAGCAGAUGCUUCCGGACUGGAGGAGAAAAUCAAACAGCACCUGGAAAACGAUCCCGGCAGUAAUGAAGACUCCGAUAUUCCCAAAGGAUACAUGGAUCUGAUGCCGUUUGUGAAUAAAGCAGGUUGUGAGUGUCUGAAUGAGAGCGACGACUGUGGAUUCGACAGCUGCUUAAUCAAAGACUCCACUUACCUGGAGUCAGACUGUGAUGAACAGCUUCUGAUCACAAUGGCCUUCAAUCAACCCGUCAAACUCUUCUCCAUGAAACUGCUGUCUGCUGAUUUGGUUCAAGCUCCAAAGAGUGUGAAGAUCUUCAUUAAUCUUCCUCGUUCAAUGGGUUUCGAUGACGCGGAGAGAAGUGAAGCCACACAGACUCUGGAUCUGUUGGAGGAGGAUUAUAAAGACGACGGCCUCAUCCCGCUCAGAUACGUCAAGUUUCAGAACGUCAACAGUGUGACUUUAUUUAUCAAGUCAAACCAAGGAGACGAGGAGACGACAAAAAUCAACUAUUUGACGUUUAUCGGGACUCCAGUGCAGGCCACUAACAUGAACGACUUCAAACGGGUUGUGGGUAAGAAAGGAGAAAGUCACUGAAGAGGAAAAGACGAGUUCGACAUGUUGCUGAAUCUCUCCGCGGGCAUCUCUCUCUGCCAACAUGAUUGGGCAAAACACACACACACGCACACACACACACACACACACAGAUAAGCACUCACAUACACACACUCACACACACACAGAUAAGCACUCGCAUUCACUCGCAUGUAUACUCUUGCACACACACACAAACACGCAUAUAUAAUCUCUUGCUCACACCCACCCCUGUACUCUUUUACACUCACAGAUAUUCACAAACACAAUCAUACACUCUUGCGCACACACACACACACACACACACACACACACACACACACUGAUAUAUGCUCUAUGUUACACACAUAGACAGAUAAAUGUAUACUGACACACACACACACACACACACACACACACUGACAUAUGCUCUCUUGCGCACAUACAUACUUGCGCGCACACUUGCACAUUCUUAAAUGUGCACACACACACACACACACACACACACACACACACACACACACACACACACACACACACACACACACACACACACACACACACACACACACAUACACACACACACACACAUAUAGUCUGUUUCACACACUCAAACUAACUCAGACGCACACACGCUCUCUCACAAACACUCAAACUUGGACACACACACACACACUUUCUCUUACAAACAAAUACACAUAUAUUCUGUUUCAUACACACUCAAAUCAGACACAUAUAGUCAGACUAACUCUCUCAGACACACACACACACACACACACACACACACACACACACACACACACACACACACACACAGACAGAAGCGGAUUCGUCAUCAGAGAGAGAGAAAGAGAGAGAGAGAGAGAGAGAGAGAGAGACACAGCUUUGUCUCAAUGAGGCGAUGAUCAUCAAUUGUUUUUAUCUCAAACCUCCUGAAAAUGUUCCUGUAAAUAAAGUCGAUCCUUUUUCAAAGGCA